UGUUUCUCUGUGUGGCAGAGCUGUGAGUGUGUGUGUUGGUCUCCUCCGAGGGGUGUGUAUGAGCCCACCGGGCGUGUGUGUGUUGCGGGCGGUUACAGUGACGGGACUGUGAGGAUCUUCAGUCUGGAGUCGGCCGAGAUGGAGCUGAAACUACAACCUCAGCCUGUGUCUGUGUGUGCGCUGCAGUACUCUCACUAUGGUCAUGUGCUGCUGUCUGGUGGUCGUGAUGGUCUCAUUACUGUCAGCAGUCCCGUCACUGGAGUCACUGUACGCACCAUCCGGGACCACAAGGGGGCGCCCAUAACUACAGUGCAGUGCACCAGCAAACAGUAUAAGGAGUUUGGCCUGGACGGAAAUGAGCUCUGGUUGGCUGUAAGCGCAGACAGGCGUGUCAGCAUCUGGGCUGCUGAUUGGAUGAAGGAUAAAUGCGAGCUGCUUGAUUGGCUGACAUUUCCAGCACCCACCUCACCAAAGGAUGCUCUGGCUUUACCACCCAGUUUGGCUGCGUUCAGCCCCAGCGAGAGAGGAACGGUGGUCUAUACGGGCUACGCUGUGGAAAAAGAGAUCAUCUUUUACUGCCUUUACAAGAAACAGGUUUUGAGGACGAUCUCUCUUGCUGAUUGGGCGCUCUGUCUCGGUCUCUGUUCAACUGGAAGACUGAUCGCUGUUGGAUCAAACCAGCGCGUCCUGAAGCUGAUUCAUUCGUCCAGCGGGCGUUUUCAGGAUUUCACGUGUCACAGUGACUCGGUUCACAUGUGCAGCUUCAGCUGGUCUGGAUCUCAGCUCUUCACUGCUGCUCAUAAUGAGCUCUUCCUGUGGACUGUACACGGAUUAUAGAGCUGACACAACACUAAUGCGAGAGUUUCAUAGGUUGAGCCCUGAGUCAGAGUUAGUUUUUCUGUUUAGUAGAAAUGUUGCAUUGAUGUAGCAGAGAAGUUUUGCCAUGUUUACAUCCAGUUAGCAUGACUUUAAGUUUAAAUCUCAUGAGUUUUUAUUUGUUUUUAAUGUUAUUGAUACACUUGGAUAAAGUUGGUUGUCAGUUUUUAUACUUUUACACGGUCUAAAAUGAUUUUGCUAGUAAGAAAGUCUUUGAAAUUGUUAUGCACUUUGAGCCUCAGAAAUAAAAUUCAUAAAAACUGAAG